AUGACUUGGAAGCCCAGCGUUACUACCAACGCUGACUUUCGAUGCACCCGCCUCAAGGAGAUCCUCCCAAGCAACGGACCCCGGCAGGGACUUUCCCAGCUUCCACCACGGGUGCCCGUUGGCGUGGUCCAAACUGUGGACUUAAAGGCGCGCACAGCGGUGGUGGAGUGGAGAUGUUCGCAUCGUGAAAGCCCGCAGGAGGUGAGUCUCUUUGAACUGGCUCCGCAUCCCUACUUCGAGCUGCGGCUGGGCGACAUCGUCUUCAUCCCGCCCUACCUGGUACCGGAGGUCGGCCAUUGGAUCGGCCGAGUGGUGCAGCUGCAGAACUUCACGGUGCUGGUGUACCUGGGCAAUGGCACCUUGGCAGAGCUUCCCAGGGAUUUCAAUGGAGGGAUCUUGGAUGAUUUUUACUGGGAUGAAAGAUAG